CCUCGGCCUUUGGUGGUGGUGAACACGUCAACAAUAAGCCUUGCAUUCCAAAGUUCCGUGCUCUUAUACUCGUACGUGUAUAUGUCACUGUAGGGUCAGGCGGAAUUCUCGCUGCUAGUGAAGCUAUAUACUCGAAAUGGGAAGUACCGACUCGUUACCUGUAGUGUCUCAAGUGAAAUCAACAGUGCAGCUUGUCUGCGGAGACACUGAAGGUGCUGCCAGGACUAGAGAAAACUUUCGACGGGAAUGCCCUGUUGUUUCACAAGUAACUUCAACAGUACAGUUGAUAGCCGGUGACGUUGAUGGAGCAAUAGAAACCCAGAAAAGAUGUGGACAGGGGCUACUGAAUGUGGCAGACGGGAUCCCCGUAGUUGGUCAUGCGAAGGGAUUAGUGCAUUACGCUGUUGGAGACACCGAAGGUGGCACUAAAGCAAUGAAGACUGCAACGAGAAGCACUGCUGUUAUCGGUGGUGGUAUUGGAGGAUUUGUCGUCGGUGGUCCUGUAGGAGCAGUUGCCGGCGGAAUUGGUGCAGGCGCUGCAAUGGAUACUACAACCACUGUUAUUGAAAGUGCCAUUCGAGAUGAAUUUUCUCCAAGUGGCUAUCUCGCGGCUAUUCACAACGCUGUCAAAAAUCCGAAUCCUGGUGGCAUAUUCGAUUUGGCAGUCAUGCCAGUAUUCGAUGGACUGGCUGGUUACAGUGCCGGACAAGCGUACAACAAGAUUACCACCGCUGCUGCUAGGAAAGUCAACAACGUCGCAAUGAGUGAAGCGCUGCAAAAGCAAGGUAUCAACGCGUUUGAAGCUGGUAAGGCGAUGGAAGCGCAGGCAUGGGUCAAAUGGGAGCAGCUUGAAGCACAAGCUGGAAAAAUACCUGAUGGUCAAUAUAUCCAGCAAGCCCAAGCUGUUCAACAGAUGUUCAACAAAGCAAAGCUGUUGCAGGGUGAAGCGUUGGUGCAACCAUUGAAGGGACCUCCCCAGCAAGUCAAUGUGCCAGUUUUUGUUCUUGGCAAUGCCGCACAACAUGACGAAGGAGAAGAUGACGAAGAAGAAGAGCAUAACAAGAAAGAAGUGAUGAUCAAAGUUUUCUAUGUGAAUGCACGCAGUAUCAAUCCUGCAAAUGAAGGAAAGAUUGCUUACCUCGAGAGACACAUCCGCCACGCUGAUCCCCACAUUGUCGCUAUUGUUGAAACUUGGUUGACCAGUCGUAUCAGCGACUCGGACGUAAAAUCAUAUUUGGGCCUCGAGACUUACAAGUUGUUCAGAAGAGAUCGUGUUGAUACAGACCCAAACGGAAAGACGAGACGCGGAGGUGGAAUGAUUAUUGCUGUCAAGAUGACGUCACUAAAUUUGUCUGCGGAAUUUCUGGACUCUUAUGACGACAACUUUCUUGCUCUGACGUUGGAAUACACUUACAACUGCUCCAAGUGCGCUGGAAAAGGCUCUGAAAUUUUCUCAUUCGGACUUUUGUACAGACGCAAGUCAGCUUACAAGAAAGGGCAAACGUCUCAGCAAUUCAGAGACGCUUCGAAUGCAUUGUGGGAACAUGUUGCUAGCUUUGGUGUAACAGUUCCCAAUUUCGGGGGUUCUGUCCUCGUCGGCGACUUCAAUUUCAAGAUCGACGUUGAAAUCCCAGACGCUAGUAACCACUGGUUCUCAACUGGAACCCGAUUCACAAGCGGUCGGAUGCAUAUCAACCUCUAUCGCCUCAGAAACAACACACUCAUGUGUCGGGAGAUGAAUACCCGAGGAAAAAGAGAAGGGACACGCUGUUGCAGGGCAGGCUGCAACAAGGUCGAAUCUCUCUCUCAAAUCUUGCAAGGCUGCCCUGCUUCACGCUGGGGCCGAGUCCAACGACAUGACCGCCUCCUAGAAUUUGCCUCCGACAAAUUCAAAGAUCAAGUCUUCACCAUCAUCCAUGAGCCAAGCAUAACAACCAAUGGAGAACUCCGCAAGCCUAUUAAUUGA